CGAGCAGAGAUUGCGCCACGGCACUCCAGCCUAAAAAUACUCUCGAUAGAGUGAGACUUGGUCUCAAAAAAAAAAGAUCCUUGACCUGGUAGGUGUGCCCCCAACUUUCUUUCCAGUGUGUGUGUUACCAAGGUGAGGGCUAAAGCUGCUCAAAUGCUCCAUGAGUGGGAGGAAGCUGUGGGAUGAUGGGGAGGGUUCCCACAAAGAUGGAGCCUCGUCAGCCUUUCUCCAGCACCGGAAACCACAGGAAAUCAGGUCAGUGUGUGGGGCCCACUCCCUCCACUCCAGGGCUCAGCUAUGAGCUCUGGGGCUUCCUGAGCAGGCUGUACUGACUAGUGGGUCCUUGAAGCUAGAGGCCCCUUUGGUAUGGAGCCCUUUGCCUAGAAGAGCUGGACCAGGCUCAUGGGUAGAGAGAACUUGGCUGUAGUCCUGAGAGUUAACCAGGUGGGAAGCCAGGGUACAUAUGGGUUUCACAUGCAUCCUAGAGUGCUUUUUUCCUCCCCACUCUAAAUGGUGCCUCACUCACCUCUGUAUCUCCAGCACCCAGUGCUGAGUAGUGCUUAAGAGCUCGGCUAAUUCUCUAAGUGAGGGGGUGAAGCACAUGUCUUUGGGAGACACAAGUUUAACAGUGUGCUGAUGGGUGGGUCAGAUCUGCAGUGUGUUUCAGGAGUAGGAGGUGCUAAGAAAUGGGUGCGUCCCCCAACCUGAUGCUAGUCCCUUUCCUGUUACUUCUCAGUCACAGCAGGAGCCCCUUGUCUUUCAGGUGGGGGGCAGUAGGGUUUUGGGGGGCACAAGCUUUCCUCAGUCCCUCCACUUGGAGGGGAAGGAAUGUGGCCUGGCUGGCUGGUUGGGAUCAAGGAGGAGCUUUCAGGCAGGGCGGGGCCACGGCAGGCUGGGGCGAGGGCUCCUGCUGGUACUGUGUUCUUCGCUGCUGCACAGCAAGGCCCUGCCACCCACCUUCAGGCCAUGCAGCCAUGUUCUGGGAGCCCUAAUUGUACAGAAGCCCAUGGGGAGCUUCAGACCGGCAGCCCUGCUCCUGCCUCUCCUCCUGGUAGUCAUCGACCUCUCUGACUCUGCUGGGAUUGGCUGUCCCCACCUGCCCCACUGGAACACCCGCUGUCCUCUGGCCUCCCACAUGGAUGACAGUUUCACUGAGGAAGCCGCUGCCUAGUCGUCGCCUGUCUGAGAAGAGCCAUCACAUUUCCAUCCCCUCCCCAGACAUCUCCCACAAGGGACUUCGCUCUAAAAGGACCCAACCUUCGGAUCCAGAAGCAUGGGAAAGUCUUCCCAGAUUGGACUCUCAAAGGCAUGGAGGGCCCGAGUUCUCCUUUGAUUUGCUGCCUGAGGCCCGGGCUAUUCGGGUGAACAUACCUUCAGGCCCUGAGGUCAGUGUGCGUCUUUGUCACCAGUGGGCACUGGAGUGUGAGGAGCUGAGCAGUCCCUAUGAUAUCCAGAAAAUUGUGUCUGGGGGCCACACUGUAGAGCUGCCUUAUGAAUUCCUUCUGCCCUGUCUGUGCAUAGAGGCAUCCUACCUGCAAGAGGACACUGUGAGGCGCAAAAAAUGUCCCUUCCAGAGCUGGCCGGAAGCCUAUGGCUCAGACUUCUGGAAGUCAGUGCACUUCACUGACUACAGCCAGCACACUCAGAUGGUCAUGGCCCUGACACUCCGCUGCCCACUGAAGCUGGAAGCUGCCCUCUGCCAGAAGCAAGACUGGCAUACCCUUUGCAAAGACCUCCCAAAUGCCACGGCUCAAGAGUCAGACGGGUGGUAUGUUUUGGAGAAGGUGGAUCUGCACCCCCAGCUCUGCUUCAAGUUCUCUUUUGGAAACAGCAGCCAUGUUGAAUGCCCCCACCAGACUGGGUCUCUCACAUCCUGGAAUGUGAGCAUGGAUACCCAGGCCCAGCAGCUGAUUCUUCACUUCUCCUCAAGAAUGCAUGCCACCUUCAGUGCUGCCUGGAGCCGCCCAGGCUUGGGGCAGGACACUUUGGUGCCCCCUGUGUACACUGUCAGCCAGGCCCGGGGCUCAAGCCCAGUGACACUAGACCUCAUCAUUCCCUUCCUGAGGCCAGGGCACUGUGUCCUGGUGUGGCGGUCAGAUGUCCAGUUUGCCUGGAAGCACCUCUUGUGUCCAGAUGUCUCUUACAGACGCCUGGGGCUCUUGAUCCUGACACUGCUGGCCCUCCUUACCCUACUGGGUGUUGUUCUGGCCCUCAUCUGUCGGCGCCCACAGUCAGGCCCGGGCCCAGCGCGGCCAGUGCUCCUCCUGCACGCUGCGGACUCGGAGGCGCAGCGGCGCCUGGUGGGAGCGCUGGCUGAACUGCUGAGGGCAGCGCUGGGGGACGGGCGCGACGUGAUCGUGGACCUGUGGGAGGGGAGGCACGUGGCGCGCGUGGGCCCGCUGCCGUGGCUCUGGGCCGCGCGGGCGCGCGUAGCGCGGGAGCAGGGCACGGUGCUGCUGCUGUGGAGCAGCGCCUGCCUUCGCCCGGCCCGCGGCCCCGACCCCCGCGCCACGCCCCUGCUCGCCCUGCUCCACGCUGCCCCGCGCCCGCUGCUGCUCGCUUACUUCAGUCGCCUCUGCACCAAGGGCGACAUCCCCCCGCCGCUGCGCGCCCUGCCUCGCUACCGCCUGUUGCGCGACCUGCCGCGCCUGCUGCGGGCGCUGGACGCGCAGCCUUCCGCAGAGGCCACCAGCUGGGGCCGCCUCGGUGCGCGGCAGCGCAGGCGGAGCCGCCUAGAGCUGUGCAGCCUGCUGGAACGAGAGGCCGCCCGACUAGACCUAGGUUGAGCAGAGCUCCACCGCAGUCCCGGGUGUCUGCGGCCGCAAUGCAACGGACACUGGCUAGAACCCCGGAAUGAACCUUAGACCCUGGAAUCCUUGGGGUGCGUCGAGGACGACUGGCCGAAAAGCCUUAUUCCCUUCCUCACAGACCGGAAGUCCCAGCCCAGUCCCCGCGCGUCCCUCUUCCUCCUCAUACUUUCCCUUGACUGAGAGCUCCUCUAACCCCUGUUCUGAUGGAGGAGGGCGGUCUUCCCACUUCCUCUCCAGAACUCCAGAAAGAGCAGUGUGCUUAUGCUCCAGUCCAGGCUGGAGAGGCUGGGGCCGGGGUAGGGAGGCAGGAGCCAUGCCAGUUCUGAAGGAGGGUGAGGGGGUGUGGGGGGGGGGGGGCGGGGGGCGGCUGAGAGAAAACCUCCUUGGGGGCCAGGGAUUCCCUUUCCCACACUGAGGCUCUGCCCAGUGGGAGAGAGGACUCUGGACCUAGGAAAAGAGGCUUUUGGCUCUGGGUGUUCAGGACAAUGGGAGUUGGGGGUGGGAUGGGUGGUUGCUAGCGGUGGGGACCAAGAUCCGGAAAGAUGAAUAAAGACAAACAUGACAAACUAAAAAA